AUGAAUUCAUCGUCUUUUAUUAUUACUCGUGUUCGUUUUUCAAUUGGUCUUCUUAUUUUGUGGAGUUUACUUUUCUGUCAAUUUCCUCGACCUGUUCAAACAAUUGCUCUUGGUCAACUGUGUGGUCGAUUUGGACAUUCGUGUUAUGGAGGCAAUUGGGGUAAACGUACUUUACCAAAUGAUUUAUCAGAACAAUAUGUUUUAUGGAAUCCGAAUCUAAAUAAUGAAGAAAUACCAGUUUUUCCUGUAAUCGAUCGUAAUUCCAUGAGUAAUAAUAUUUUAGAAGAACUUCAAUCGGAGUUAUUGCGACAACGAUUACGACAAUUAUUGGAAUUGGAAUAA